CACUCAUUAAUCAUGUUCAAACCCAUGCCUUGAGCCAUGGAUAUGCUGUGAGCAUCAAACGAUCUGAGCAAGAAAAAUUUGUCUAUUUGCAGUGUGAUAGAGGCGGUCAUUACAUUAAUCGAUUGAAUCUCACUGAUGAAACUCGCCAAAGAGCCACAAGCACAAGGCUAAUAGAUUGUCCUUUUGAGCUAUAUAGCAAGAAGAUGAAAGAUGGUCAAUGGCGUUUAACAAUAAAAAACGAAAGGCAUAAUCACGAAGUAUCACAAGACAUUUCAGGCCAUCCAUCAAGUCACCAAUUAAAUGAAAAAGACCAGCAAAGAGUUAGAGAAAUGUCUACGGCAGGUGUUUGCCCUUGUGAAAUACUUUCUACUCUUCACCAAGAUGACCCGGGUAAAUUGGCAAUCUUAAAAACUAUCUAUAAUGCUAGGAAUAAAAUUCACCGUGAUAAUCUUCAGGGUCGUACACCAAUUCAGGCUCUUCUUGAUGAGCUUGUAGAAGGAAACUUUGAAUAUGACUAUCAAUAUAAUCAAAAUGACAAUUUAACCCAUUUCUUUUUUGCACAUUCUAAAUCAAUCACACUUACCAAAAUAUAUAACUCUGUUCUUUUAAUGAAUUGUACAUAUAAGACCAACAAGUUUAAGAUGCCAUUGCUUCACAUUGUUGGCAUAACAAGUUUUAACACCACAUUCUCCUCCUGCUUUGCGUUCUUAAAAUCAGAACAAGAAGACAACUAUGUGUGGGCCCUUAAUCGUGUUGCUCACAUUUUUAGGAACGUUCCAAAGCCUAAAGUUAUUGUAACAGAUCGUGAAUUAGCCUUAAUGCAUGCUGUACACACUGUGUUUCCUGAAUCUCAAAAUGUUUUAUGCGUUUGGCACAUUGAAAAAAAUGUGCUGACUUGCUGUAAGCGCCACUUUCAAAUAAAUGAUGAAUGGAUUGAAUUCAUGGAAUGCUGGUCUAACCUCAUAAAGUCUCAAACUGAGGCUGAUUUUGAUAGUAACUGGGAAGGGCUG